GAGAGAGGAACUCUUAGACAUUCGUCGAAGAGAAAAAGGAACUUAUUGAUGACAUUGAGAGGCUGAAAUAUGAAAUCGCUGAAGUGAUGACUGAGAUUGACAAUCUGACUUCAGUGGAGGAGAGCAAAACUACCCAGAGGAACAAGCAGAUAGCUAUGGGGAGGAAGAAAUUCAACAUGGAUCCCAAAAAGGGAAUUCAGUUUCUAAUAGAAAAUGACCUGCUGCAGAACUCCCCAGAAGACGUAGCCCAGUUCCUGUAUAAAGGAGAAGGCCUAAAUAAGACCGUCAUUGGGGACUAUCUGGGAGAAAGGGAUGACUUUAAUAUUAAAGUUCUUCAAGCAUUUGUCGAACUCCAUGAGUUUGCUGAUCUGAACCUCGUGCAAGCCUUAAGGCAGUUCUUGUGGAGCUUCCGGCUCCCGGGGGAGGCGCAGAAGAUCGACCGCAUGAUGGAGGCGUUCGCGUCCCGCUACUGCCUGUGCAACCCCGGCGUCUUCCAGUCCACAGACACCUGCUACGUGCUGUCCUUCGCCGUCAUCAUGCUCAACACCAGCCUCCACAACCACAACGUGCGGGACAAGCCCACGGCCGAGCGCUUCGUCACCAUGAACCGCGGCAUCAACGAGGGGGGGGACCUCCCGGAAGAGCUGCUGCGGAACCUGUACGAGAGCAUCAAGAACGAGCCGUUCAAGAUCCCCGAGGACGACGGCAACGACCUGACGCACACGUUCUUCAACCCCGACCGCGAGGGCUGGCUCCUGAAGCUGGGAGGGCGGGUGAAGACCUGGAAGCGCCGCUGGUUCAUCCUCACCGACAACUGCCUCUACUACUUUGAGUACACGACAGACAAGGAGCCCAGGGGCAUCAUCCCCUUGGAGAACCUGAGCAUCAGGGAGGUGGAGGACCCGCGCAAACCGAACUGCUUCGAGCUUUAUAACCCCAGCCACAAGGGCCAGGUCAUCAAGGCCUGCAAAACGGAGGCGGACGGCCGGGUGGUGGAGGGGAACCACGUGGUGUACCGCAUCUCUGCCCCGAGCCCCGAGGAGAAGGAGGAGUGGAUGAAGUCCAUCAGAGCGAGCAUCAGCAGGGAUCCUUUCUAUGACAUGCUGGCCACGAGGAAGAGGAGGAUUGCCAAUAAGAAAUAGAUCUCUCCCGGCCUCAACAGGUGAAAGUAGAAACCAAAACCCCACAGCAGAAAGUGACUGGGAGCCUCCCCGACACCCUGGGCCCCGCCUCGCUCUCCCGCAGCCUCCCCGGAGGAGGCAGUGCCUGCCCCGCCCUGGCCGCUUGGCGCCUUUGGGGGGUGGUCGCCGAGGCCCCGCCGCUGGUGUCCCGAUGCCCUCUUCCCGGCUCCGGCCCGGCCGCACCUGCUGCCGUGGCCAAGGGGACCUCGGGCCCGUCGUGCCGCACGUGCUCACCCGGGGCUGCAUUCACCGUCCUAGAAGCCGCUGUUUUCUAUCAGAACAAGGAAGGAAAAGCUACCACUUUUUUAUUCAGAGUUUUUUCUCAGAUAUAUAGGAUUAUAGCUUUUAUAUGCCUUUUUAUAUUCUGAAAUUAUAAUGAAAGAUACUUUCUAACAGUAGUAUUUUUAGAAUGGCAGCUAUAAAUAACUCCCGGACACAAGUCUCUACUGUGCACUGAAGAAAAAUUCUGUCUUCAAGACACACGCAGCACCAAAUGGGGGCGGUGGGCGGCGCUGGUGGCAGGGGGUGCGGGUGUGCGGCAGAGUCCCCCGCUUCCCUGGGCAGGGCCGGGCUCCAGGCGGCCAGGUCCCCUAGGGCUCCUCUUUUGCUCAGAUAACUUUCUAAAAAGGCAGAUCGUUAAAAUAGAAGCGACAGUUUCUGGGUGUUUCUCUUGUACCUGUGGUCCCGGCACCGUCUGGGUGUGGAGCCCCAUGAAACGGCUGCUGCUGGCCUGUGCGGACCCCAAGCAGCAGUUCCAUGUGGUUCAGCGGAACCAGGCUUCCGACCAGUCCUCGCUCUUUCAAACCUGUUGGGAAACCAGUGUUUCUUUUACUGACCUGAUGGUAGUUGGACCCGAUCUCUUGAUAUAACGCAUAGACCAGUAACUAGAACAAAUCUCAUUCCGUGUUUUCAGAGACUUACUCUCUCGCCGUGAGCAGGGAGCGCGCGCGCUGUGGGAUGGAGGCGCCGGGCACUUAGGGUUUCCUGUAAAUAGUGUAAAGCCCCGGAUAACGUGCAGGUGGCGGACCUUGACACGAUCCCCCACCGGGCAGCUGUCAGGUUGCUGUUGAUCUAAUAGUAGGUGCUCAGGACGUCUGCCGGAGGGAGGAUGGCUCUCAGGGCAGCACAGGGCUGCGGCGGGCCGAGGCUGGGGUGCUCUGUGCUGGGUCGUUGCUGCUGGUUCUUCAGGACGGGCACCGGGAACAGAGGCCGCCGGGACGGACCCCCUCGCCCACACUGCGUGGGCACGCCCUGCCUCUGCGGCCUUGGGAGGUCACGGACUGCCCCCUGCAAGAGGAAAGUCCCGGAAAGCAGGCUUCAGAGCGUCGGCACCUGCGUGAAGAUGUUAAGUACAAGUGACUGUUCCUGUGAGUUGCCUUGGUGCUGGAACUGACCGCUGCGGGCCCCUGGCCUCAGCACCGCUGACCUUGACGUAGCUUUAAGUCACGCUAGAUGCAAAGGGGUCUGAGCCCAGGGCUCUCCACCUUGCAUCCAACGGAGUUUUUGUUUCAUUCCCAAGCUUUUAGGCUUUGUUACCGUACUGAUACCUCAAAAUCGAAACUUUUAGUUUUUGAGAAAGGCAAGUCGGCAUUCGCAAAAUGCCCGGCUGGUAUAUAUGCAGCUCUGGCCUCCAGUCUUCCACGAGCAGAGGGCGCCUGGAGCCCGCAGCCCAGCACUGCGCCCAAGCGCCCCUGCGGCGCCCGCCACGCCCGUGUCGCACACGGGGGGGACCUUCCCUCUCUCCUUUGUCUGCCCCUGGGGAGAUGGGGCUUUUGGUCUUUGGGGUUUGGCCUCAGUGGGGUCGGGAGAAGCAAGCUUAGGGCAGGCCCCGCAGGAGUGGUUUCUGUGGGCGAAGGCGCCUCCCGUGCUGGCUGUUUCCCUGGAGCGAGGCAGAGGCCGCGGUGCUUAGACUCUGUAACCUGCUGUCCGUGUUCCGUGAGAUCCUCUAAUUCCAGGUUUUGUCGUGACAGUAUUAACACGACGGGCACACGCGCCGGCACCCCCGCUCCACCUCAGGCCGGCCUGUCCGGGAGGCCCACCCCAGCAGGGGGCUGUGAGGCCCGGCCCCCCCGCCUGGACCUCCACACAGCCGUGUUCCUCCUCCCCCGACCCCCCGCCGCCCCAUCUGCGCUCAGUGCUUGAAUUUAGUCCCAACUCUGGCCAAAGACAAGCUUUCCUCCAGAGGCCAAGGGCAGGAGGCAACGGGAGGGCUGCGUUGGGCGGGCGGCCCGGGCUCUGCCAGCCUCACUUAACACUUGAGGUUUAAUUGGACGACCCUGGACCCAGGCAGGCAACAGUGUCUUCAGGAUCACGGAGCAACUUUCGACAGUUUAAUGUGGUACCAAACUGAAUCAAGAUAGGAGCUAUUUAUAGAUGAAGCAGCAUUUAAUGCUUCAUAUAAAGCAAUGCAUAUUUUUAAAAGUUAAAAUGCAUAUUAUCUACAUAGAUGUGCUUUGCUGAGAAGUUAGGUCUGUUGUAGACCCGAAACCACAUGUUGUGAUUUCACAUUUUCUUAUUUUUUCUUAGACAUUUCUAUUUACAGCAAAUAUAGUUAAUAUGUAAAUAAUGUACAAAGAGAUUUCUGGAGUGUUUGUUAUUCAUUGUAUAUACUCCCACGAGCUGCAUGAAGAAAUCCCCUAUUAUCUAUUGAUAUUUUGUUGUUAAAAUGAAUAGCAAAAUUGGAAGGUGUAUGGCCAUCAAAUUGCAAAUAACUGUGUUCACAAAAUAAAAAAAUGCAUUGUUCAAA